AUGGGCAUAUCCUCUCUCCUUUUGAACAUCAAAUCGAUCACGAAAUCUGGCACGCACAUCAGCGCGCACAAAGACAGCAAAAUCGCGGUCGAUUCGUACUGUUGGUUGCACAAGUGCGCGUAUUCGUGUUCGAGGGAACUGGUUGAAAACUGCGGGAACCAAGACGUGUUCGUGCACGCGUUUUUGAAUCGAGCGAGGAUGCUGAAGAACUCCACGGGUUCGUCGGAGGUGACGUACGUCUUUGACGGCGCCUCGUUGCCGAGUAAAGCGAGAGAGGAGAAGCAAAGACGACAGAGACGCGAAGCGGCGAAAGAUAUGGCGAGAAAGGCGUGGAGCGAAGGGAACAGAAAAUUAGCGUUCGACUGCUACGGGAAAGCGUUGGACGUGACGUUUGAGAUGGCGAAGAGAGUGAUGGAUGCGAUUGAAAGAGAAGGGCUGGGGCGAGUGUUAGUCGCGCCUUUUGAAGCGGAUGCGCAGCUGGCGUAUCUGUGUAAGAACGGGUACGCGGACGUGGUCAUCACGGAAGAUUCAGAUAUGUUAGCGCACGGUGCACCCAUCGUGUUUUAUAAAAUGGAUAAUAACGGCAUCGGGGAUGAGAUUCGGUACGAAGAUUUACCGAGGAACAGAGGGUUACGAUUCGACCAGUUUACGCCGGAUUUGUUUUUACAGAUGUGUUGCAUGAGCGGAUGCGAUUAUUUGCCGAGUUUGCCGAACGUAGGAAUGAAGAAGGCACAUCAGGCGAUGCGAAAGUGUCGGGAGUACGGCGCAGCUUUGAGGUCGUUUAAAUUUGAAGGGAUUCGGGUCGAUAAGGAAUAUGAAAGUGGGUUUCGGGACGCGCUGAUUACGUUCAAGCACGCGUUAGUGUAUUGUCCCACGAGGAAGAAGUGUGUGAACUUGAGCGAUUGCGCUGAAGACGACGGGGUACCGUGCGAGGACGUUUUGAAUUUGAGGUUUAGCAAGGAAGAUGAAAAGAGGCUUUUGGGUGAACGAAGAGUCGAUGCGGUGUGCGAAGGCGUCGCAAACGGGAAACUGCAUCCUGUGAGUUUAAAGCCGUAUCCCCCGCAAAGAGAGUUGCCGAAAAGCAACAGAAACUUUAGUACGAACACCACCACCACCAACAACAGCAACAACAGGAUGACCAUGAACAAUUAUUUCACGAAUAGAAAAGAUGAAGGGGGAGCGAUGAUAUUCGGACAGCAGCACCAGCAUCAGCCGCGAUCUGCUAAUACUUCAAACGCGCCGAAAAUGCAACCAAACAGGCCGAUUGUGCGCUCAACGUUUUUCGCCAACGCUCUUAAAGACGACGAGGAAGAGAAGAACAGACGAGAAGCGUUGAAGCGAUACGCCGCAAAGCCGUCCACGUUUGACGCAUUCGAAUAUUCCAAUAACAGCGCUUUGUUGCCGAUGAAUCGCGCCACGCCUGAGCUAUCGUUACAGUCGCCAAUGAAGAAACGCGUCGUGAAAAAGUUUGACUUGUACGGCACGGCGUCCAAGAAUACUCCGGAGGAUACGAAGAAGAAGAGUAUGGUCGAAUCGUCACCGAGUGCUCUUUUGAACACGGCAGUUCGAAAAUCGCCGAGACUGACGAAGAUCAGAUCGAGUGCACUCGACAAUAACGACGACGAUGACAACGCGACACCAGCUACGGGGAAGAAAACGGUUGAUUUUCUCGAAAACUUCAGAUUCGAUUCUACCUCUUCAAAGAAGAAAGCUUUGUCGGGAAGAAAAACCACCGUCAUUCCGAGCACCGUGUCUGUCGGUAAAAAGAAGAAAGCAGUUUCCUCGUUACCAAAGACGACGACGACGACGACGAGUAAAAAGAAAAGACGAACAUCGAAACGACUCUCGGCGGGUGGAGAGAGAACUUCUGCCGCCGCCUUAUUUUCGGAAUUUGCUUUGCACUCGAACAACGACGAGAAAUAG